AUGUCUCAUAUGUUUGAUUUAAUGAACCCAGUAGGUUCUAUUUAUACAUCUAUGGAAGCAAGAGGUCCUCAAGUAAUGUUUGGUGUUGGUGCAUGGGAACAAAUAGUCGACAGGUUUUUGUAUUGUGCAAACUCUUCAAAGGAAACAGGUGGAAGUAAAACGAUUUCAGGUGAAAAUUUACCUGCACACAGUCACUACAUAGAUUUAAGUACAUCUCAAGCAGGUUGGCAUAAGCAUAGAUAUUGGGAUUGGUCAGGAAUGACAAAAGGUAAAGGAUAUGAUGUUAAAGACGACGUUAAGUUUGCUAUAAAUUGUUACUGGAGUGACACUCAGGGAGAAGGAAACCAUACACAUUUCGUUUCAGGAUAUACACAAACAACGGGACAAAAAAGUAAAGAAUAUAUGCCACCUUACAUGACAGUUUACGCAUGGUAUAGAAUUGCUUAG